AUGGUCACGCCUCUGCUCAACGAUCUCUACCAAUUCACCAUGGCUUACGCUUAUUGGAAAGCCGGCAAACACAACGAACGAUCCGUCUUCGAUCUGUAUUUUCGUAAGAACCCAUUUGGUGGUGAGUAUACUGUGUUUGCUGGAUUAGAAGAGUGUAUUAAGUUCCUCGCCAAUUUCAAAUUAACCGAUGAAGAGAUCGAUUUCGUUCGUGAUUCGUUACCUGGAUCUGAGGAAGCUUUCUGCGAUUAUCUUAGAGGGCUUGAUUGUUCUGGCGUUGAAGUUUAUGCGAUUCCCGAAGGAUCAGUUGUUUUCCCGAAAGUACCUCUCAUGAGAGUCGAAGGACCUGUUGGUGUUGUUCAAUUGUUGGAAACUCCGUUCCUCAAUCUUGUCAAUUUUGCAUCUUUGGUAGCUACAAACGCAGCAAGACACCGGUUUGUUGCCGGGAAAUCUAAGAUCCUGCUCGAGUUUGGUGCUCGGAGAGCUCAGGGACCGGACGGCGCAAUAAGCGCAUCGAAAUAUUGCUACCUUGGAGGCUUUGAUGCAACAAGGCAAGUCUUGCUAUUUGUGUGUUUUGGAUCUUUCAAUGUAGCAGCUGGGAAACUUUUUGGGAUACCUCUCCGUGGAACACACUCUCAUGCUUUUGUUAGCUCAUUCAUGAGCACUGAUGAGAUUGUUGACAAAGUGCUUCGCAGUGCUGAUGGGACAACCACGUGUGAGGAUUUUGUCAGUCUGGUUCAGACAUGGUUAACAAAGAUUCAGUAUUCGCCGUCUCUACGUGGCAUUUUCUCCGAGACAAAUCAAAGCGAGCUAGUAGCUUUCACAUCAUAUGCACUGGCAUUCCCCAAAGCGUUUCUUGCCCUUGUAGAUACAUAUGAUGUGAUGAAGAGUGGAAUCCCUAACUUCUGCGCAGUUGCUUUAGCACUCAAUGACUUUGGAUAUAAAGCAUUAGGUAUUAGACUGGAUUCAGGUGACUUAGCAUAUCUAUCUACAGAGUGCAGGAACUUCUUCUGCACAGUAGAGAGAGAACUAAAAGUGCCUGGUUUUGGGAAGAUGAUUGUCACAGCUAGUAAUGAUCUAAAUGAAGAAACGAUCGACGCUUUAAAUAAACAGGGACAUGAGGUUGAUGCUUUCGGUAUUGGAACGUACUUAGUCACUUGCUAUGCGCAAGCUGCUUUGGGUUGCGUUUUCAAACUUGUGGAGAUAAACAAUCAGCCUCGGAUCAAACUUUCUGAAGAUGUUACAAAGGUAUCGAUACCGUGUAAGAAGCGAAGUUACAGGCUUUACGGGAAAGAAGGUUACCCUCUUGUUGAUAUAAUGACAGGAGAGAACGAACCAGCUCCAAAGGUUGGUGAGCGUUUACUAUGUCGUCAUCCUUUUAAUGAAUCCAAAAGAGCAUAUGUAGUGCCACAACGUGUUGAAGAGCUACUCAAAUGUUAUUGGCGUGGAAAUGCAGAUGAAGCAAGAGAAGAGUUACCGCCAUUGAAAGAGAUAAGAGACCGUUGCAUCAAACAGCUUGAGAACAUGCGACCUGAUCAUAUGAGGAGAUUAAACCCAACUCCUUACAAGGUUAGUGUGAGUGCGAAGCUGUACGAUUUCAUCCACUUCCUAUGGCUCAACGAAGCACCUGUUGGUGAAUUACAGUGA